GGAGGCAGCAGGAUAUAUGAGGGCGGUGUGGUUGCGAGGACCGUCGCAACUGCCGCAGCGGCCCAUACCUCUUGCGAGACGCCCGAUGAUUCGACCGGUACCGGACAGGUAUUGGAUGCGCGUGCAGGCGGGUGCCCACAAAAGGAAGCCCAACGGCAUCCUGGGAACCCUAUGCAGGGAGCUCUUCCCUGGGAUGGUGAUGCAUGACGGGAUCCUGGAGCCGGCAUACACGUGGGACCACUACAUCGCCGUCCCAGAUGUAGAAGAUCGGGAAGGGAGGUCCUUCGGCAACAAGGCGAGACGGGUGGUGGGAGAAUUCUGGGUAAGUCGUCGCACUAUAUUGGUGAAUAGUUACCAUAUAUUUGAAACUCUUUGAAUAUUGACUGCAAUUAUCGAGUCUAUAUGCAGGAUUUCUACGUGUGCGAGCCAGGAUAUGAGGCCAUAGCGGCUCAGGUGGCUGACACAGCAUGUCGCAAACUAGUGAAGGACAUGCACUACGAGGCGCGUGUUCAGGCCGUAAUUAACUACUGCGCCGAUGUGGAAAAAAGGAAGGUUGGCAAGGACGUAGCAAGAAAUAUGUUCCUCACGCGGAAACAAUACUUGAGGGUGCCUCCGAACUGGUGCGCCGGCAAGGGCGCGUGCUGGGAAAUGAUGGUGGACAUGUGGCUUAGCGAGGAGUGGAUUCAGCGGCACAACUUAUGCCGGGAGCGCCGCUUGUUGAUGCAAGGUGCGCCACACCAUCAAGGCAGCCGAGGCCUUCCCGAGUACAUGGAUGUUUGGUCGGAGUCACAUGAAGACCAGGAAUGCAACGACUUCCAGGCAAUACUGUAUGGCGCACAAGGGCAGGGCGACGUCCGACGUCUCCUACAACCCGGCGGAUCCACCCGAGGCGUACAGCAACCCGAGCGUCCACACGUGCAUCACUGAGUACACGGAGAUGGGAAAGGCGCUCCAUGGGGACACAUGGGAUCCGGCCACCCAGCCCCUUUCUGGAGAAGCCAUCAUGAGGGCAGGAGGAGGGAAGAAGCACGGCCGUUACUGGAUCGCCAACAGCCUUGUCGACACAGCCAGUACGCCGACUCUCUCCCAGCUUCGGGCAAGGACCACCGACUCGACCCCGCCAAUAUGCCCACGGCCUGAGACUUCAGUGGCCAGCGUGCGUGCAA